UAGGCACGAUCUUCACAAUAAUUGCACCCAAAAAGAGGGUGAGUAUCUUUUUCUUACAGAUAACGAUACCGUCAUAUAUGUGAUUAUUAACGACAAAACCGGAAUGUUGAAAACAGCAAACUUCUUCAACUCAUGUCCGAAUCUUAUUUCUUCGUAUCUUGUUCAUCCUAUAUUUGACAAUACAAGACAAAAUUCAUCUGCCCUUCUGUUCUGUCCAAUUCUUGAAGUUGAGAGAAAAUGGAUGCAGUUGUGAAUUUGCAGUCAACUCCUGUGGGUACUGCACUUGCCCCGGCUGUAAUUAUUGGUGGUAUUUCUUUGUUUCUGAUCAAGAAAUUUGUGGUGGAUCAUAAAGUGAAAUCACCCUCGAAUCUCCCUUGUUUACCAGAGGUACCUGGGCUACCGUUGAUCGGGAAUCUGCUGCAACUGAAAGAGAAGAAACCCCACAAGACGUUUACCAAGUGGGCGGAGACGUAUGGCCCUGUUUACUCCAUUAAGACCGGCUCCAGCACUAUGGUGGUUCUCAAUUCGAAUGAUGUGGUCAAGGAGGCCAUGGUGACAAGAUUCCCCGCCAUCUCUACUAGAAAGCUUUCAAAAGCACUAAAGAUCCUUACUGCUGAUAAAACAAUGGUCGCAACAAGUGAUUAUGAUGAGUUUCACAAGACAGUAAAGAGACAUUUAUUAACACAUAUUUUGGGACCAAAUGCUCAGAAGCGACAUCGUAAUAACAGAGAUACUUUGAUUGAAAACACAUCAAACCAGUUGCAUACCCUGUUAAAGAAUCAUCCUCUAGAGUCUAUAAAUUUCAGAGAUUUGUUUGAGUUUGGACUUUUUGGAUUCGCAAUGAAACAGACUUUGGGAGAGGAUGUGGAGUCCAUUUAUGUGGAUGAACUUGGAACAAAAAUGUCAAGACAUGACAUAUUUAAUUGUCUUGUUCAUGAUCCCAUGGUAGGUGCAAUUGAUGUAGAUUGGCGAGACUUCUUCCCAUAUCUGAAAUGGAUUCCCAAUAAAAGUUUCGAAAACAAAAUAGAGCGGAUGGAUAUCCGCAGGAUGGCAGUUAUGAAAUCCCUUGUUCGGAGAGCUAGAGAACUAAGUGCUUCAAGAGAGGGUGUCCAGUGUUAUCUUGAUUACUUGGAAUCUGAGGGGAAAACUCUAUCAGAAAGUCAAAUUCUUAUGUUACUUUGGGAGGUGAUCAUUGAAACAUCAGAUACUACCGUGGUUGCAACUGAAUGGGCCAUAUAUGAACUUGCUAAAGAUUCAAAGCGACAGGAAAGGCUUUACGAGGAGAUCAAUAGGGUGUGUGGGUCUGAGAAAAUCACGGAAGAGAAGUUGCCUCAGCUUCCUUAUCUUUAUGCUAUUUUCCAAGAGACCCUAAGAAUGCACAGUCCUGUUCCAAUCAUUCCGUUGCGUUAUGUGCAUGAAGAUACUCAGUUGGGAGGCUACUUUGUUCCUUCCGGUAGCGAGAUUGCCAUAAAUAUCUAUGGAUGUAACAUGGACAAGGAUGUGUGGGAGAAUCCUGAACAGUGGAAUCCCGAGAGAUUCAUGGAUGAAAAAUCCGACUCCAUGGAUUUGCACAAGUCAAUGGCAUUUGGAGGGGGUAAGAGAGUGUGUGCAGGAGCCCUCGAGGCAAUGACAAUCUCUCGUAUGGCAAUCGGUAGACUAAUACAAGAGUUCGAAUGGAGAGUGACGGAUGGUCAGAUAGAAGACGUUGAUACCGUGGGACUUACAUCCCGCAAACUCCAUCCAAUGAUGGCAAUCAUAAAACCAAGGAGCUGACUGGUUGAAAAAUAUGAAUAAAAGCACCAUGUGGCUCUGGAUGUCUAUCAGUUCCUUGUUACUUUUACGCUUUGGUAUGUACGGGAGCCUCCCUGCACUCUUAGUUCUCUAUCAACGUUUUCUCUGCAGUUCUUAUAUUGCUCAUCUGUGCCAGUUUAUAUGUGUGAUGUUAUAUCUCUAGUUUGCCUGUUAUGCAUUAACGUAUGGGAAACAAAUGGCUUCCUUUUGUGAUCCAUAACUUGCAAAUUGUGAGGUUCACGGUGUACCUCCUCUGUGCUCUUUUGUUAACUCUUGAGGAUCUCUUUGUUCUACACAUUCCCUAUUUCGAGUAUUACAAAGUUUUAUGCUGAUUGGCCAA